CACCCGCCUCCGCCUCUGCCUCCGCCUUCUGGGAGGCUCGAGCCGGUGCGAGGCGGUUCGGCAGCCGCCGGACGGGCUCCGAUCCAGGGUGGUGCGGGGCCUGUGCGGGAGCCCGGAGGCGCGGCCGGCAUGGAGGCGCUGCUGCUGGGCGCGGGGUUGCUGCUGGGCGCCUACGUGCUUGUCUAUUACAACCUCGUGAAGGCCCCGCCCUGCGGUGGCAUAGCCAGCCUGCGCGGCCGCACGGCUGUGGUCACGGGCGCCAACAGCGGCAUCGGGAAGAUGACGGCGCUGGAGCUGGCGCGCCGGGGAGCGCGCGUGGUGCUGGCCUGCCGGAGCCGGGAACGUGGUGAGGCGGCGGCCUUCGACCUCCGCCAGGAGAGUGGGAACAAUGAGGUCAUCUUCAUGGCCUUGGACUUGGCCAAUCUGGCCUCCGUGCGGGCCUUUGCUACUGCCUUCCUGAGCUCUGAGCCACGGCUGGACAUCCUCAUCCACAAUGCCGGGAUCAGUUCCUGUGGCCGGACCCACGAGCCAUUUAACCUGCUGCUGCGAGUGAACCACAUUGGCCCCUUCUUGCUGACACAUCUACUGCUGCCGCGGCUGAAGACAUGCGCCCCCAGUCGCGUGGUGGUGGUAUCCUCAGCCGCCCACCGGCGAGGGCACCUUGACUUCACACGCCUGGACCGCCCAGUGGUGGGCUGGCAGCAGGAGCUGCGGGCAUAUGCCGACAGUAAGCUGGCCAACGUGUUAUUUGCCAGGGAGCUCGCCACUCAGCUUGAGGGUACUGGUGUCACCUGCUAUGCGGCCCACCCAGGGCCUGUGAACUCAGAGCUAUUCCUGCGCCACGUUCCUGGAUGGCUGAGCCCACUUCUGCGCCCACUGGCUUGGCUGGUGCUGCGGACGCCAAGAGGGGGUGCCCAGACACCCCUGUACUGCGCUCUACAGGAGGGCAUUGAACCUCUCAGUGGGAGAUAUUUUGCCAAUUGCCAUGUAGAGGAGGUGCCCCCAGCCGCCCGGGAUGAUCGUGCGGCCCACCGGCUGUGGGAGGCCAGUAAAAGGCUGGCAGGGCUUGGGCCUGGCCAGGAUGCCGAACCUGAUGAAGACCCCCAGCCUGAGGACCCAGGGACCCCAUCUUCCCGGAGCAGCCCCCUCUCUGAGGAGCCCACAGUUUCUGAACCCCAUCCCAUCCCUCACAAUUCACCAGACUUGUCUAAGGUCACACACCGAAUUCAGGUUAAAACUGAACCUGAGCCCUAAAU